UAUCAAUCUCGUUCGCUAGAGCAGAAACGCACAAGAUCCCUCAGAACAUCUAACAUCAUGUCUGAGAUUGAAUUUGCUGUCUUUGUUACUGAGCGUCUCAAGCAGUGUGGGGUCAAGUCCAUCUUUGGACUUCCUGGUGAUUACAACCUCGAACUACUCGACUACAUCGAAAAAGACCCCGAGCUCGAGUGGGUGGGCAAUGCCAACGAGCUUAACGCUUCCUAUGCUGCCGACGGAUAUGCCAGAGUCAAGGGUACCCUUGCAGUCAUCAUCACCACUUUUGGUGUUGGUGAACUAAGUGCUUUGUGUGGAAUCGCAGGUUGUUUGGCCGAACGAGUCCCGGUUCUUCAUAUCGUCGGAGCACCUUCUACCAAAUUGCAAACUUCCAACUCUUUGUUACACCACACCCUCAACCUUCCUUCGACUUUUGACACUUUCUCCACCAUGUCUGCCCCACUGUCUACCUCGCAGGCCCUUCUCAAUCACAUCCCACCCAGCACGCCUACCACUUGGACAGAGGCCUUCGACAAGGUACUCAGGGAUGUGUUGGAACAGUGCAGGCCGGGUUAUGUCGAAAUCCCCACGGAUGCUAUUCAUCGUAAAGUCUCCGCGGAAGCCUUGAAGGUACCUCUGCCCUUCCCUCAUUCCGCCCCGCCUCCCGAGAGCACAGGUGCCAGCCUACCCGUCCUUCGUCCCAGGGCGAACACACUCUCUUCUUUGGCCAUCGACACUAAAACUGCUCCGCCUUCUGACGACGUGACAACCUUCGUCGUCGACGAAAUUACCAAGAUGUAUGCUCAAGCCAAAAAGCCCAUCGUGUUGGUGGACGCUUGUUGCGGAAGAUUCGGCAUGGCAGGCGAAGUACGAAAACUGGUCGAAGCGACCGGUCUGAGAUUCUUCAGCACCCCUAUGGGCAAAGGUUUCCUUGAUGAACGUCACCCGUUAUUUGGCGGGUGCUACGCCGGUGCCAACUCCCCCGACGCAGUCAGGAAAAAUGUCGAAGAAGCAGACUUCGCCCUUUACGUGGGAGCUAUAAAAAGUGAUUUCAACUCUGGAUCGUUCUCGGUGAACAUCGAUCCCAAAAUCAUCGUCGAGCUACAUUCCUUCACAACCAAUGUCGGAUACGCUUCUUAUCCCACAACAGACAUUCGACACAUCCUGCCUCUGUUGGUACCGGCUUUCGCCCGCGUGGCAGCAGCAAAACCCAAGGACGUCCAAAGUGACUCAUUGGUGCAGAAGCAGGCGGAGGGCAUCGUUGAUGAGCUCAUCUCGGAACCUGUGGGGACUGAAAUCAAGCAUGCUUGGCUCUGGCCGAGGGUGGGUGCCUGGUUCCAAGACCGCGACAUCAUCAUUACCGAGACAGGUACAUCUGCGUUUGGUAUCACCAACGUACCACUCCCAUCGCAUUCAAUCUUCGUAGCCCAGAUUUUGUGGGGUGCCAUUGGUUGGUCGGUUGGUGCAUGUCUCGGUGCUGCGUUAGCCGCUGUCGAAGAACCAACCCCUCGUCGAGUCGCCUUGUUCGUCGGCGAUGGAAGUCUUCAGCUUACGCUGCAAGAAGUGGGGACGAUGUUACGCCGAGGGGUGCACCCGUACAUAUUCGUAUUGAACAACGACGGGUACGAAAUUGAACGUCAAAUCCAUGGCUGGACUGCGGAAUACAACAACAUUCAGUUGUACGAUCACCAGCUUCUUCUACCCUUCUUAGCGGGGAAGAAAUGCAAGACGCCGUACGAGAGUCUCGUAGUUCGCACGCCGGUAGAGUUGGACGCUUUGCUCAAAGACGAGGCGUUCAACGUGCCUGACAAGCUUAGAUUGAUUGAAGUGUACAUGCCUAGAGGAGAUGCGCCGGCUGGUCUGGUCAAACAAGCAAAGUUGACGGCUGAAGCCAAUGCUAGGGCAUGAUCAAGCGACUAGCUAUGGUACACACUCGUAGUCACUCGUAUAGAACUGCAUGAGUGCAUUAGCAAAAGAAUUGAAGUGAAAUAUGCCACAAUGCCACAUCUGUCCAAAACG